UCAAGUGUUUUUCCACCUGGUUUUACCAUUUUACCCUUUGAACAUGGCUCCAAUUUACCACCUCUUUGCCGCUCUGUUCCUCCUCUGUUUCAUCAAGCUCUCCUCCUCCGAGCUCGUCCAACAGCAACCGCUUGUUUUGAGGUACCACAACGGCCCACUCCUGAAGGGCAAGAUCACCGUUAAUCUCAUCUGGUACGGCAAGUUCUCUCCAAUCCAACGGUCGAUAAUCGUCGACUUCAUCACCUCGUUGAACUCGAACAACGCCGCGCAUCCGUCCACGUCAUCGUGGUGGAAAACGACGGGGAAUUACAAGGGCGGCUCCUCCGCCUUGACCGUCGGCAAACAGAUCCUCCUCGAAAAUUAUCCCCUCGGUAAAUCCCUCAAGAACCCGCAUUUACCAGCAUUGGCGAGCAAAUUUAACGGCGUUAACACCAUCAAUAUCAUCCUCACGGCUAAAGACGUCGCCGUCGAAGGGUUCUGCAUGAGGUGCGGUACUCACGGGUCAACCAGGGGUCCGGUCCGCGGAACCUACAUCUGGGUCGGGAACUCGGAGACUCAGUGCCCGGGUCAAUGCGCUUGGCCUUUUCAUCAGCCUAUUUACGGUCCCCAGACACCGCCGUUAGUGGCGCCAAACGGAGACGUGGGAGUCGACGGAAUGAUCAUCAACCUGGCCACGCUGUUGGGUAACACCGUUACCAACCCGUUCAAUAGCGGGUAUUUUCAGGGUCCGGCGAAUGCUCCCUUGGAGGCGGUGUCUGCUUGUACGGGUAUGUUCGGGUCGGGUUCAUACCCGGGUUAUCCGGGUAACGUGCUUGUGGAGAAGAGUACCGGGGCUAGUUACAAUGCGAAUGGGAUUAAUGGAAGGAAGUACUUGUUGCCGGCGAUGUGGGAUCCCCGGUCAUCAAAUUGCAAGGCGAUCGUCUGAUGUGACACGUGGCGGAUAUCACUGGUGAGGGGAUGAUGAUGAAAAGGUUGACGUGGCUAUGAUAAUUAGGAAAAGAUGGUAGGGACCCUUUUACGUUGUCGUUUUGUGUGACGUGUAAAUUCCUAUAUAACAAAAAAGAAAAAGAAAAUGUGUGGGGUAGGGGCAGAUGAGAGAUGGAAAUGUGGAACAAUAAACUAUAUAA